CUGGAGGCUCGCUCCCACACCCCCACCGUCUACUUCUACCCCCCCAGCGCCGCCCGACCGAUCGGAGGCUUCUCCUUCGCCGUAGAGGCGCUGAAGGCGGCGCUGGCCAAGGCUCUGGUGCCGUUCUACCCCCUUGCCGGCCGGCUCGGGCUGGACCCAGCCGGCAGGGUCGAGAUCCAGUGCACCGGGGAGGGCGCCCUCUUCAUGGUCGCCCGGUCCGCCUCCGCCAUGGACGACGUCCUUGACGGCUUCGCUCCUUCGGAUACGAUAAGGCAGAUGCUGGUGCCAUCCGUGGAGUCCGGCAACGCUCCUUGCCCCCUUGUCAUGGUUCAGGUGAUCCUCUUCAAGUGCGGUGGCAUGUGCUAG